AUGGGGAAAGUGAGGCAGCUGCGAUCACGCGUGCACUUGGCGGCCAUGAGGCCCAAAGGGGAAGCUGCAGUUGCUCCGGCUCCCCCAGAGGUGUCCCUGCCACAGCCGAACUAUGAAGCUGGAAAAAAGGAUUGGGUAUCUGCAGGCAUGAACAUCUUUGCCAGGACCAAGAUAGACCUCAGUGCUUUGGUGAAAAAUCUGGACGUGCUCAGUAAGGGUUGUGCUUCACUCGAGAGAGGUAAGAAGACAAAAAAUAUUUUGCCCAAGAAGGAAAAGCAGAAGCUGCGACGUGAGAAGUGGCUGCAGAAGAUAGAAGCCAUCAAGCUGGCCGAGCAGAAGCUCCGGGAGACGCAGCGGCGGAGAGCCACAAAAGUGGUGGGGGACCUACGCCCACUGAUGGACGCCCUCCCUGAGCUGGCAGAGCUGGAGAAAAGUGGUGGCUCACGGCAGCCUAGAAGGAGAGUGACCAGUAAGCCCAGGCCCACUGAGCUCCAUCGGAUGAGUGCUGUGCAGAGGCUUCAACUCCUUGAGGAAGAAAGGGCCCGGUUCCAGACAAUGCUGGCCAGCCCAGCCUAUCAAGCCAGCCCUUUGCAGGCUAUUGGGCAGCAGCUGGCCCUCCAGAUGCAGCUAGAAGACGGCAGCAGGAGCCAGCUCUGA